CAAUCUAUGAACUGCGCGUUUACGCACUCGUUGCUAGAGCGCUACGCCCACGGUAUAAAAGGGGCAGGGCCCGGCCGGAAGUGAAUGCUGCUGCAAAUGGCGGCUAAUUCAAACUCUGGCUGCUCUCUGACUCUAUGCACACACACGUACAGUACACAAACACACUUAUUUUACUGCACAUGCCCAGAAGUAGCCUUAGAAGGCCUGAACACAUGGCAGCAACACUUCUAAGUUUUUUCAAGACCCAUAUGGUUUUUUUGUGGUACAAUGGCUUCUGGCAGCUCCAACAGCGAUGGAAAUAGACAGUAAGAACACAAUAGAACAAUGUAAAAAGUCAUACAAAUCCAUACUUUAGCUAAUACUAAUGAGUGGGGAAGCAGUUCCAAGUGAUUGGGUGGACAGGUUGAACGACUUUCUCCGGAACAACCAACCAAGCGGCAAUCGAACAGUACAGCUGACGUUGAAUGCAACACUAGCACUAGACACUCAUAGCGACGACUCAGAACCACAAGAAGAAUACCCGCACCAUGUUCGUGGUUACCAGCACAACCCAGCAACUCCAGUUCUCCGUGGCAUUGAUCACUGCAUACACUGCCUGUGUUCACCGUGUGUGAUUCAGCUUCCUCCAGACUUUCUAAGAGGAUCUUGUGGCCCCCAUCCUGCCAACGAUGAGAAAAGACAUCAACUGUACAGAAAGUUCUGGAGGUUGCUGAAUACACUGAGAGUGUGGGUAGAUGAUGAGUAUUUGGCUAGGAAGGAGACGAAGACAGUGAUACAUGACAAGAGGGAAAUAAUCCCGAAAUGUGUAGUUUUAGAGAUUAGGAGGAGGUACCCCAGCCACAAUGGCAUAUACCGUGACUACAGAUCAACAUUUGAGGCAGAAACUGAUGAGUAUUUGCCAGAAGAGGCUGGUAUGGAAACCGAGUCCACCUCUAGAGAGUGACUGCCUUAUAAUUAUCCUGUACACACCAAUUACGUAGUAAAUAAAACUCAUUAAUU